AGUGUGAGCCCAUCGAAGCGAUAGCGAAGUUCGACUACGUUGGCAGGACUGCCCGAGAGCUGUCCUUUAAAAAAGGAGCUUCUCUCCUGCUCUACCAGAGGGCCUCAGAUGACUGGUGGGAGGGACGGCACAACGGGAUCGACGGCCUCAUUCCUCACCAGUACAUCGUCGUCCAGGACACUGAGGAUGGUACCUCUGAAAGGUCCAGUCCGAAGUCUGAAAUAGAAAUAAACUCUGAGCCACCAGAAGAAAAGGUGACUGCUCGAGCUGGUGCCAGUUGCCCAAGUGGGGGUCACGUCGCAGAUAUUUACCUUGCAAACAUCAACAAGCAAAGAAAGAAACCAGAGUCAGGCAGCAUCAGAAGAGCCUUCCGUCAAAGUGACAGCCAUGGACUAGGUAGCUCAAUGGCAGAACCAGCCUCCCCAGGAGCCAUAGCCGGUUCCAGACCCUCAUCUCAGCCCAUUAUGAGCCAAAGUCUUCCCAAGGAGGUUCCAGAUAAAUGCUCCAUCAGUGGCCACGGCAGCCUCAAUUCCAUCAGCCGACACUCCUCUCUGAAGAACAGGAUCGACAGCCCCCAGAUCCGCAAAACGGUGACAGCAGGGAGGUCCAAGAGCUUCAACAACCAUCGGCCCAUGGACCCUGAGGUUAUUGCACAGGAUAUCGAAGCUACUAUGAACUCUGCUCUGAACGAGCUGCGGGAGCUGGAGAGGCAGAGCAGCGUGAAGCACACGCCAGACGUCGUCCUCGACACCCUGGAGCCUUUGAAAACCUCUCCAGUGGUGGCCCCCACCUCGGAACCUUCCAGCCCUCUGCACACCCAGCUCCUGAAGGACACUGAGCCCGCUUUCCAGCGCAGCGCCAGCACGGCCGGGGACAUCCCCUGCACCUUCCGCCCCGUCAAGUCGGUGAAGAUGGCCACGCAGGUGAAGCCUCCGGCCACCCGCCCCAAGCCCACCCUCUUCCCCAAAACCAGCACCACCAGCCCCAGCGUCACCUCCUCUGCAACUCAGCAGCCCCCCGACAAGUCCUGUACUGUCUGA